AUGUUGAGCCGAGGCGGCCCAGACAUCCCCGGCGAAGAGUGGAACAUCCUCGCUGUUCGACGAGCCGGAGAUGCCUGCACCGGCCGCAUCCUGAGCUUGCCACAACUGGUGUUUGGUGACGCCACGAGCAAAAUGCAGGUUGCCGCUGUUGCGAAACCCACGGAUCCGAAGGUCUGGAGAACUCGCAAUUCGAACACCGUGAUGCCGGGCGCGCUUUCGUUGAAGCCGGGCAUGGCCUCGCUCUUUGACGACGAGCCUGCUCUCCCAGCAGCCCCAGCACAGAAGGCCAAGGCAUCGCCUGCGAAAAGUGGAGCAUCGUCGCUGUUUGACGAUGAUGCGCCAUCACCACCAGCGAAGGCUCCAUUGACCUUGAAAGCUGGGACCUCUUCUCUCUUCGAUGACGAGCCCGCUACCAGUGCUCCGCAGCCGAAGGCGCCACUGACAUUGAAAAGUGGCAUGGCCUCGCUUUUCGAUGACGAUGAACCUGCAAAACCUCCAGCAGCAAAGACGAAGGCGACGCCCUCCCCGAAGAAAGCGCCAGGGCCAUCGCUGUUUUCUGAGCAGCCUCCUGCGAAAGUCGCAGAGCAUGCAGAGCCAGCAUCGGCAAAGGCUGUGCCAAAAAGCGCAGCAUCACUCUUUGAUGACGUUCCGCUGCCGGUGCCAGUGAUCUCCUCAGCAUGGGCGCUGGGGGCCUCUUUUCUCUCGCUGGUUAUUUCGUCGGCUCUUCCAGGCGAGCAGGAGCCGAGCGGUCACCGCAAAGGCGGCUUCGUCGGAGGAUCGCUUGGGCCAGCGUUCGCCAAGCGCCAAGCUGCCAGGCACCGGUACCACGUGCUCACGAUCCGCUCUUCGAUGACGAGGUCGCGCCGAAAGCAGCUUCCCGAGCUAGUGCUCUGGGACCUCUGGGCCCGAGCUCUGGCCAGCCGCCUCCCGCCCUACCGAAGCCUGGCGCCGGCAUCUUUGACGAUGCGCAAGCUUCGCCGGGAGCUUGGCAGGGAUUCUUUGCUGGCCACAUGGGCCAUGAGCGCCGGAUCCGACAUUCCGUUAGCUGGCGCAUCCUGGAACCAGCAGCAGAGAUUCACCAGAAGCUCCGCUCCUCCGAAUCCUGGGCUCCAGCAUACGGACAAGAUCAACAGCCUCAACUGGAACAUGGCUCGAACCUCCAGGAUGGAGGAAGUCAUGAUGACGGAGAUGCUGCACCGGUUACGUUCGAUGUCAAGGACGAAUUUGCACCUGGCUAUAUGCAGCUUGGUAUAUGUCGGUAUCAACAUCUGCACCACAAUCUUGAAUUCCAUGGAUCUCCAAUUCCGAGAAGAGCACGAACAGUUCUUCCACUUCACUGAAUUCUGGGCGACGUUUUGCUUCGCCCUCAUCCAGGUGUAUGCCCUUGUAGGCUGCCCCCGGGACUUUGAGGACAUCUUCUCAAGAUCGAAGCUCGUCAAGCUGAUCAUGGCCCUCAACGUCGUUUCUACAGUUGUGCCUGCGGUGCUCAUCACUGCCAGCCUCGAGCGCUUCGAGGUCAUCGCACACGAAAUUGAAUAUGUAAAUGAGAUCACUAUGGCCCUGGUGGACUUUGUGUUUUUGUACAGCAUGGCAAAGAAAGCCAAGCUGCUUCUGGAUGAGAGCAUGUUGUUCAACCUUGUGGUCACCGGCAUUUCCAUGGCCAUUGCGAUAAUGCAGCUCUGCAUCUACAACGGGCUCCCAGGGGCGCAGGGGGAGCAGCUGGCUCACUACUUCGAGUUCGCCUUCGAAUCCUUUAGCGGCUUGAUAAGCUUCGUGUUCUGCAUGGAUUGCAAGUUCGAGUGCGACCAAGCGCUCCUUGAGUUGUGUGAGUCUGGCCUGGAAGGCAAGGGUGCUCGACAACUCCAUCAGGUGUAA